UCCAAGCCUGAGAAUCCAGCUUCAAAAACUCACCGCACACACAACACACAUCUGGUGGUCGCAACUCUCUCUCUCUCUCUCACUCUCUCUCUCUCUCUCUCUCGCCCUCCCUCCAUCCCUGCAGACUCCCUCUCGCAUCCUUCUGUCUUCCGCUCACAAGUCAGAGAGUGUUUGGAAGUGCGCGCUGACUGUCUGGCUCAGUGCGCGCCACGCCGGCUUCCUCAAAGUGGUUUGUGCGUGCGCUGCCACCGACCGAGCGCAGCCGGGAGCUCCGUCCAAGUGUAUGAGGGUCUCUGCCUGGCGCGCCCGCCGCUCCAGCCAUCGCGCCCAUCCUCAGGAUCUGCGGGUCCUUUUCCUCGGCGACAGGCUCCCCACACCAAGCGGUCACCAUUUCCGCCCCCGGGAGAUCCACGCUGGCCGCUCAGCCCCUUCCCCGACUCAGCAUCGGGAGGAAGACCCUGGUGGCGGCCGCCGUGGGGGUUAUGCUGGUCCUGGUCCUGGUGGUACUCAUCCCCGUGCUCGUCAGCUCCGUGGGGACGGACCCCAGCCACUAUGAGAUGCUGGGCACCUGUCGGAUGGUGUGCGACCCCUUCCUGAACAAGGGAACCCCGAGCAGCAGCACCAGCUCCACCGGCUUGCAAGCGGAGGCGGAGGCGCUGAGCGACCACGGCAACGUGCUGCCGCCCUCCACGCUCCUGCAGGGCCCGCAGGGGAAGCCCGGCAGGCCAGGGAAACCGGGGCCGCCGGGGCCGCCCGGCGAACCGGGCCCGCCCGGACCGGCGGGGCCUCCGGGGGAUAGGUCCGACCAGGGAAGGACUGGGAUUUUGGGUCUGGGGGGGAACGGAGCUAUCAGCACGGCCACCUACAGCACGGUUCCUCGGGUGGCCUUCUACGCCGGCCUCAAGAACCCGCACGAGGGCUACGAGAUCCUCAAGUUUGACGACGUGGUCACCAAUCUGGGCAACAACUACGACGGCAUCGCCGGCAAGUUUGUGUGCAGCAUUCCGGGCACGUACUUCUUCAUCUAUCACGUGCUGAUGAGAGGAGGCGACGGCACCAGCAUGUGGGCCGACCUCUGCAAGAACGGACAGGUUCGGGCCAGCGCCAUCGCCCAAGACGCGGACCAGAACUACGACUACGCCUCCAACAGCGUCAUCCUCCACCUAGACGCCGGGGACGAGGUCUACAUCAAGCUGGACGGCGGCAAAGCACACGGCGGGAACAACAACAAGUAUAGCACCUUCUCGGGCUUCAUCCUCUACGCCGAUUGAGCGCACGUCCCGACGGAAAAAAAAAAGAAAAAAAAAAAAGACAGUCCAGCUGGACUGAAGGAAAGAGUUGUGGGGUGGAGAGGAUGUGUGUUCAAGGCCUUCUAGUUUCCCCCUGUUCUUCUCUCCAUCAUCACGGACUUUCUCCGGGCGCUGUGGCCGAGGCCUGGACACACUGGCAGAGGGGACAGCGGGAGAUGCCAGUGGGGACAGUUGGGGGGGCACGUAAGGCCGGCCGGGCGGGUACCUUCCAAGCGCCAAUGUGUCGGAAGCUCCUCGCUAACAGCGUCUCAUCCUCUCCUUUCCCCCAUCCCUCUUUUCCCCCCAUCGCACAACGCAGUCCGUCCGUCCGUCCGUCCGUCCGUCACACCUCUUCUCUCCACAGCUGACUUGACUGAAAUCCGUAGUGUCGUUGCGUGCAAUUUAAACCUUAGAUUGUGUUUUUAUUUGGUAGCGAUGCAUAAUAACCUGCACUGAUUGACGGAAAUAAUAAUUAAAAAAAAGAAAAACAAAAAAAACAACACGAUAAUAUCCUUGUCCCCUUUGUGAAGAGAGAUGUUGUUAUGGAAGUGGCAGGUGACUUCUGUGUUCAUCCAAUAACAUUCAGCACUGUAUGGAAAACGACUCCUCUAUAUCGACCGCACCCUCGGCCACGUCCGGCUGCUGCUAUCGGGGUUCAUCAAAGUGUCUUCUAGAUGUUUUAGUUCUGCUUAGCAAGCAAAAGCAGAUCCGUAGCUAAAGAGCAAACGUGAAGGAGCCUCACCGAUUGCCCUCCAUUCAUUAGCAGACACACACGUGUGUUAAUAUUUAGUCAGCACGGCAGCCCGACCCACUCGGGAGGAUCGGACCGUUUGUUUCGGGAGUGCGUGUUUGUCAGCAUGUGGUGCGUCAUAGCUCCGUGCUCUUCUCCGCGGUCGUUUUCCUUUGUGCUACAGCCAAUGAUAUUUUAUUUAGCAAGCCCAUGAUGAGAUUGUGCAACAGAUAUGAUGAGGACAAGAAGAAGAAGAAGAAGAAGAAGGGAAGAAAAAAAAAAGCUUGUAAAUGAAUUCUGACAUGUUUGUCUAUCUUAUCUUUUGGAAUUGUUGAAUACAUUUAAAUAAUAAAUGGGAUUUUUUUGA